CAUUUCGUCACUCUUCAACGACCUUAGAACAACAACCACCCAAAGGAAGCCUCCUUCAACCCCCAAGGAGCCCUUACUCAUACGACUGCAUACUGUAACCAUCAUACAGCCUUUCCCUCUCUCUCUCUCUCUUUUACACCCACACGUACACACCCACAUAUCUAGACGGCACAAUGGAGUCACGGUCACAUCUUACCUCGGCCGAGCUCAACGCCGCUGCCCUUGACCACUUCGUCUACCAGCCCGUCAGCAAAUCGAUGAUCUCUUACCUGGCCGGUGCCGCCUACAAUGUCAUCUCUUGUGACAGCGCCCUGAUGCCUCCCGCAUCCGCAGAAGCACACCGCCAACAGCAGCUUCCCCCGACGCCGCCUAGGACGCCCGAACCCCGCGCUGUCUGCUCAGAAGACGCCGACUUGCCUACGCUCGAGGCCUUCAUUACACAACUCGUCGUCUCCUCCAACGUCCAGGUCCCGACGCUCAUGUCCACCCUCGUAUACCUCACCAGGCUCAAGUCCCGUCUGCAACCCAUGGCUCGCGGUCUUCGGUGCACCACUCACCGCAUCUUUCUUGCCGCGCUCAUCUUGACUGCCAAGUAUCUGAAUGACAGCUCGCCCAAGAACAAGCACUGGGCUACGUACAGCCACGCCAACAACGACUUCUCCAACUUCGGCUUCAGCAGGACGGAAGUCAACCUGAUGGAGAAGCAGCUUCUCUUCCUCCUGGACUGGGACCUGAGGAUUACUGAGGAGGACCUCUACCGCGAGCUUGAACCCUUCUUGGCGCCCAUCCGCGCUGAGAUCGAGGCCAAGCACGCUCGCCGCAUGGCACGCCGUCGCAAGCAGGAGGACGAAAUGCGCCGGAGACAAGAGGAGAUAUACAACAUGGCUGCCUACCCCAGCCCCCCUUCUUCGCGCGCCAGCUCUCGCUCACGACAAGAGACGCCGGAUCGCACUCGGACUUACAGCGGCUCUUCCAUCACACCUCCUGGCCUGUGCUACAGCAGCAGCUAUGGCAGCUCCAUCAGCUCCUACGCCCCAUCAGUAGCAUCAAGUCGCUCCCAAUCGCGGGCCACUACGCCGCUCGACAACCCUGCCGACGAGCCGUACAUGUACGUGCCUCACGGCAGCCUGUACGAGUCGCCGGUUGAGGUGCACAUCGAGCAUCCUGCGUCAACCUUGCCGAAGCGGAAGCCUCUCCUUCCUUACGAGAUUAGCACCGAUGAGCUUCGCGAGAUGCAGGAUGGUACCAAGGCCAAGAGAGCACGCAUGGGUCGUGGAAUGUGGGGCCGCGUCUUCGGUGGUGCCGUGACAGUGCGGUAGACGGCCGCGUCGCACAGGUUUUUUUCCUUUGUUACAGCCUCAUUUUACGUUUCCUUGCGUUUUGAGCUACCCACACCCCAAAAAGCAUGGUGUUGGAUUGUGCUAUAGAGACAUCAACGGGGGCACAGACUUGAUUUCAUUCCUUUUUCUUACUUUUUUUUUCCUACACUUCUCCGAGGGCGUUGGUAAUGGGACUGGUACAUGGAACACGAAUUGAGGAUAGAGCAUCCUUGGGCAUUUGCAUAUAUGGAUUGGUGUUAGGCGGACAUUCAUGAACACAAGGGGUUUCUUGAGGUUGUUUUGGCAUCCUUGCACUGCAAGAGGAUGUUUCGGACUGGAUUUCGAAAGGCUGCCGUAUAGAUCGGCCAGCACAAUUGUGGCGUAGCAGAACUACGACUGGGAUGAACAAGAUUUCACCCAUCAAAUGGCAAAGGCGGUAUGACCGCUUCCAAACAUUUACAUCUGUCCCGAGUCUGCUUUCGUGAACGGCAAUUAACAAUGUGCCUUCCCUCCGCCCCGCCCCGCUUGCGGCCUCGGUAUGUCUGGGGUCCGGACCGGUGGUGACUCGAUGGUCCAGGACGGUUGGCGCUAGUGGUGGGGAUUUCUCCCCGAUUGAUGCCCUCGUGAUCUCGAAUGCACCCAGCGGGGCGUGCGCGCGGGGGACGGGGGGCGGAGGAUCCCGAAAUGGAUUGCAUUCAGCUUCACAUGCGAGACAUUCGGCCAUCCGGCCAUCCUUAUUACUUGCGCUGCGGUCAUCCAGACGGCUCCUCCUGUAUGCCUUCCUGGCUGACUGGCUGAUUGUCCAUUUGUCCGUCUGCAGUAUUGUGGCCAGACUCUAGGGGAGGUAUCUCGCCCCUUCACUUUACUGCAUUUCGCUUCUCUCAUGGGACCUUGCGAUGACAGCUGUAUUUCAAUCCCAUU